CUAAGCAAUCUAACUAGAUCAGUUGAGCAGAUGAAUUUGUUGAGUUAGAACGUGCCUUCGGACCUUCGAGUGGACAACUAUCAACAAUGACGUUUUUCGGUUAUUUGUUGUGCUCGCUUUGUUACGUCAUACUGAGUCUUCACUGCAGUCGGUCUUUACCGGUCUUGGAAUUAGGAGAAGCAGACUCUCAGCAUGUAUUGAAACACGUCGCUAAACGUCAAGUGAACGUCAUUAGUGGUGGCAGCCCGAGUAAUCAACCCGAGGUUAAGAAUGAAGUGGCAGCAUUUCUUGAAAGUGGUCGAAUGAAUAAUGAUUAUGUAUGGGUCGAUGUCACUACGAAAAAGUUUGUACCAGUUCCCGGCAAUGAUUUAGUCUUUGGAGACUGCUCAGAGCCGGGUGAGUUAAUCUAUUUCGAUAAUACGCUAAUUGAGAACUCCGGACCAAGCAUAUUGAAUGGAACGCUUGAGAUUUACAUCGAUGCACCAGUAAACAUCACCUGUGUGCGAGCAAUAGACCAAAUUCGCGACGGCUCUGGAGGUGUUCCAGCCUACAAUUCUAUGGGUUCCAACUGGGCUAAAAUCGAUGUGGCAGGACAGUACGGCAAGGGCUUCCACUUUCACAUAUACGUCUACGGAAUUAGAAUCAAGAAAACAGCAACGGAGAAAGACAAGGAACGCAAAGAUAGUCAGUCCAAUUUACUUUAAUGUAAAACGUAAUUGCAGAGUUCAUUCAGCACCAGACACGUUUAUUAUGUCUUGAGUACAAACAAAAUAUUUUCGUAUUGAAUUUCAUGGUGGAGAUAAAUGCGUAUUACAGUAAAUAUAA